GAAAUUCACCCAAACGUCAAAACGAACGUCAUUGCACUUUUUCGUUCUUUUCGUCGGAAAAUUUGUGAACUUUCCCACUUUUUAUUUCGAAAUUCGGGGAAGAUUUUAAUAAGACCUGUAUAAAAAGCGUGAUAAAUUGCAGAAAAAAGUGUUCGAAUUGAGAAACUUGUGUGUGUAAAUAAAUAUGGGGAAUGUUUUGGCCGCAUCGUCGAGCUCUAGCUCAUCGCUGGACGCUGCCAAAUUGGGAUUACCGGAAUUGUCAAGUCCAUCGCAAAGCCCGUCCGCUACUGCAGCGACGUCUGCGACGCCUUCUGCCGCUGUUGUAGGUGAUGUGAAAGAGUCAAAGCUCGAGAAUCCAGGAACCGUCGAAGAACUGCAUAAGAAAUGUAAAGAUAUUCAAGCUAUGACCUUUGAAGGUGCGAAAAUUAUGCUUAAUAAGGGCUUAAGUAAUCAUUUUCAAGUUUCGCACACUUUGAACCUCUGCAGUACACAGCCCAGUGGGUAUCGCUUUGGUGCUACUUACGUAGGUACCAAACAGUUUGGGCCUUCAGAGGCUUUCCCAGUAUUGCUGGGUGACAUUGAUCCAUCUGGAAACCUCAAUGCCAAUGUUAUACACCAAUUCACCCCGCGCAUUCGUUGCAAAUUCGCCUCGCAAAUACAAGAUUCUAAACUCACAGCUGCCCAGUUAACAACCGAUUACCGUGGUGAUGACUAUACCGCCUCCCUAACCGUUGGCAAUCCAAACAUUUUUAAUAAUUCAGGCGUCUUCGUUGGGCACUAUUUACAGUCAGUAACUGAUCAUAUCGCACUCGGUGCAGAACUUGCAUACCAAUAUGGUCCCAAUGUACCCGGCGGCCAAAUAGCUGUGGUAUCAGCUGUUGGUCGAUAUUCACAAGCCGAUUCCGUGUGGUCGGGCACCUUGGGACCUGGUGGCAUUCACAUCUGCUAUUAUCAAAAGGCCAGUGAACAAUUGCAAAUUGGUGUGGAAGUAGAAACUAGUCUAAGAAUGCAGGAGGCUGUUGCAACGAUUGGUUAUCAAGUUGACUUGCCGAAGGCCGAUCUCGUUUUCAGAGGUUCCUUCGAUUCCAAUUGGAAUGUGUGUGGUGUGCUGGAGAAACGGUUACAACCGCUUCCAUUUUCAUUUGCUUUAAGCGGACGUUUGAAUCAUACCAAAAAUCAGUUUAGACUGGGUUGCGGCUUGAUAAUUGGAUAAUUAGCUUUUCAGUUAAUAGGUGUAAAGGGAGCAGCGUCUGUGACUGCAGUAACAGUUGCAGAGUUGAAGGCGGCGGAGAGUUUAGAAUAACAACAAUUACAGUAGUAUCAAACAACACAACAACAGUAGAAGGGCUGGCAGAAAAUGAUUUACCAUCAAAACCAAUAUACAUUUAUCAAAGACUACAACUUUUAUUUACGAGAACAAUGACUAUUCAGAACACAUUUAAAUUAACAAUACGUAGUUUUACUUCUUCGGUAGUGAAGUGACUUCCGCAAUGGUGAAAUAUUAGUGUUUACAUUUGUCAAACCUGAACGACAUUUAAAUUGCCACAGUGAAUAUUAAAUUUAAAACGCCGUUCCACUUGCCAAAAGAACUCACUAAUGUGCAACUUUAGAUUUUCACCACUAACAGUAAAGAGUGACUACACAAAAUGAAAAAGAAUCAAUUUGAAAAGCAGAAUUGGUGCAAGUCAUGCUCUGCGCUAUGUAAACAAUAAACGUCAUUGUAGUUACAGUUAAUUAAAUAUGAUUUACAGACUCCUUUUAUAGUUAAACUAUUUGUUAUAAACAAAACCGAAAUUUUGUCUUUUAUUUGUUUGAGAAGAAAUUUAACAUUUAACAACAAAAUUCAAAUUUCAAAUCAAAUCCAUUCAAAUUUAUUGUUAAGAAGAAAUAAAUGAAAUUGAGAAAUUUACACAUACAUACCUAGAAAUAUCAUUAUCUGCGCUCUAAAGCGUAGUGUCUGCAGACGAUGGCGAGAAACGAAGGCAGCACCUCAACUGGCAGCAGACGCUAGUUAUGAAUGUGUAUGUACAUAUGUACGUAAUUAGAAAUGUUUGAAAAUUAAACCAAUUUUAUGCUUAAUUGCUACUUUUGUCAUGUUGUGUCUACACAUUCGUUUUUGUUGUUUGCGAGUGUCGAAACCAAAAAUUAGUACAAAUGAUUUGCAUUUGUUUGAUUGCCAAACUCCUUAACAAAAUAUAAACAAAAACAAAAACAAAAGUUCAUGAAAAUAAAUAAAUACUGCUAUUUGCGAACUGUGCAAAAUACUGCAUUUGUAUGCUCUUAAAUAUUAACUUAAUUAACCAAA